GCAGCUUUCUUCUGCCUGAUCCAAGUUCACCCGGAUCAAGCCUUCCAAACUACACAGGUUGUCGGUACGCACAGUCCAGGAAACCAAGGCUCUGGCAAUGGUGGAUUGCAAUUAAUUCCCAUUGCCUACGCCCGUCGAAGCGGAAGAGGAGAGGCGCUCGCACCUUCUUUUGGGUUCACUGUGGGUUUUAACUUUGGCCUCACUUGGGACCGUGGGCGUCAGGUGCGACCUCCAGCCAACCAUCUCAGUCGACCAAACCAAACCUCAGGUGUUUUCUGUCUGCCCGACUCCGCACCGUCGGCCAGGCACCGAUUCCGAACCAGCACACUACGAGCAUGACAUCGCAAACGGGCAAGGCUGGAGUCGUCGUCGCUCCCGACGAUGCGAAUAACAUGGAAAGGCUUGCCCAUGCUGUCCUCGACGAUGUAUUGUACAACAUAGUUCAUGACCUGAUCCUCAAAGUCCACCGGGACGAGAAGACAGCCCGCGCCGCUACAGCUGCCAUCCGCGUCGAGAAGCUGGCCUCCGACGCCUCUGAAGCCUCGACACCAGACUCGAAACCUGAUGUGCGGAUCGAGACCGACGCCGCGAUAUACGAAGACGGGAAGGUCACCCUGAAAGGCAAUCCUCUCAAGACGACCAAGGAGAUACUGUGUCCGCGAUGCCACCUGCCGAGACUGCUCCAUCCCACCGACGGUAAAGGGUCACGUAAGCCCGAGCCCGGCGUCGUCUACUGCAAGAAGCACCCGUUCAUUGAAAAGCCGGGCUUCGACAUCUAUGGCCAGACUUGGGUGGCGCCAGGGCCUGGCAGGGGCAAGAAGAAGAAGGAUAUGGAGAAGAAGUUGGAUCCGAACAGCGACUCGCCCGGCAUGACACCGACCCCCGACUCCAAGGAUCGCCCGCCGAACGUGCUCUCAUUCCCCUCGGCUACGUGUAGCAAGUGCAAACGAUGCAUCCUGGUCACGAGAUUGAACAAUCACAUGGGUUCAUGCAUUGGGAACAGCGGGCGGAAUGCUAGUAGGGCGGCAGCACAGAAGAUCAGCAACGGCAACGGCCACAACGACAGCACUCCGCCGUCGAGCCAGAAGGGCACCCCGCUCCCGGGUUCGAGGGCUGCCAGCCCCAGGAAGAGGGAUGGCGACGAGUUUGACGAGGAUGCGGACGAGUCCGACCCGACGAAUCCCAGAAAGAAGAAGCUGAAGGCGACAGCCAUGCCGAAGAAGGUCAUGUUGAAGGCCAAGGGCCUGAAGAAGGACAAGGUGAAGGGCAGUUCACUGUUGAGUGUGGAGCACAAGGUCAACAACGACGACGACGAUAAGAAAUCGAGUGUUGAGGUGGCGCCGAAGAAGUCCACUUCCAAGAUCCCAUCGCCGGCCAAGAAGCUGAAGUUUGCAGCCGGCAAGCCGUCCUUAUCCUCGCCCGCUCCCAACAAGAACGGGAGAGAAGCCGAUGCUGAGUCCGAGUCGUCCGGAACACUGUCCUCGCCUCCACGAUGAGUGUGUCAUCCGUCAUCGUCAUCGUCACCUCAUUAUUCGAAAUACAAGCUAGGUUGACUGAGAGACGCAGCCUAUCUUGUCUCGGCCUCACCACUUACUACAGUGGAGAGAUUUUGAGGGUUGGAAAACUGAAUUGCACUGCUCACAACAUCACUCCUGAAUUGAGCCUGUUAUUUGUGUUAAACCUCUUUGCAUUUGAUUUGGGGGGUCAUGGUGGUCACUGCAUCCCUGGAUGGUAGGUUUCUAGGGCGUUGCGAUUCUCGGCAUUGGAGUUCUGUAUCAGACACCCCACGAACACGCCCCCGCCUUUCAUUC